AUGACUGACAAAAGUAAGAAAGUAGUUGAAAAACAAGAACAAGAAAACGAUUAAGAUAAGAAUUAAGCCCAAUAAAAGAAGGGUAGAGUUAUUAUUAGAAAUUUAAUAUUUGAUAUCAGUGAGAAGCAUCUUAAAGGUUUGUUGGGUAAGUAUGGUGAAAUUAUUGAAAUUAAUAUUCCAGUCAACCCUUCAACAAACAAAUCUAAGGGUUUUGCCUUUGUCUAAUUUGCUAAUAAAAACUGUGCAUUGAAAGCUAUAAAUGAGUUAAAUGGUACUUAAUGGAAGGGUAGAAAUAUCGUUUUAGAUUUAGCUGUUUCCAAAGAAGAAUUCAAAAACCAUCAAUAGCCAUAAAAUUAACAAGAUAAAUAGUAAUCUAAACAAAAAGCUAAAAAAUCUGAAUAAAUUGAAGAGGAAGAAGGAGAUGACGAUGAAAAAAAAAUGGAUGAAGAAGAAGAAAGUGAAGAUGAUGAAGAUCAAGAAGACGAUGAUGAAGAGGAUGAAGACGAAGAUGAUGAUGAAGAAGAGGAAGACGAAGAUGAUGAUAAAAAUAAUUAAAAUAAAAAGGGAAAGAAUUAAUAAGGAUAAAAGAAAUUAUUUGAAAAUGAAGAUUUAUCCAAAACAUGUUUUGUUAGAAAUUUAUCUUAUGAUUCUACUGAUAAGGAUUUAAGAACCUUCUGCCAAAACUUUGGUAAAGUAGAAAUGGCAAAGGUAUGUAUGAAUCAUGAAACAGGAAGCAACAAAGGUACUGGUUUUGUAAAAUUCUAAGAUGCAUAAGUAGCUCUUAAACUUAUUGCAAAGAGUAAUGAACUCAGUGAAAACUGUCUUUAACAAAAAAAUAAAAAAAAUGCCAGCAACAUUCAUGAUAUAUUUUCAGGAAUAAGCGAACUUGAUCUUGAAAUGAAUGGAAGAAGAAUAAUUUUCUUGGAAGCUAAGAAAAGAGAAGAAGUUUCUAAAGUUAUGGAAGAGAAGCUUGAAAGAAAUUCAAUCACUUUAGAUAAAGUUAAAACUUUAGAUUAAUUAGAAAAGUUUGACAGAUAAGGAAAGAGAAACGUUCAUUUAGCCAAGCUAGGUAUUUUCGAAGAAGAAAAAAGCAUGACUAAUGAAGAAAAGGAAAAGAGACGUAUUCACUUAUAAGAAAAAUUGAAUAAGCUAAAAAACCCUAACAACUAUGUAUCCUCAACAAGAAUUGCCCUUAUGAACAUACCAAAAGACGAAUUCUAAGAAGAAGAUAUUAGACUUUAUGCUCAAGCAGCACUUAUAAAAGAACAUGGUCAAGAAUAUUUUAAAAAAUAAAAUCCAAUUAAAUAGGUCUUAUUGCUUAGAGAUAAGAAUAAACUUGAUAAGGAUGGAGUACCUAAAAGCAGAGGUAUUGGAUUCAUAGAAUUUAAUACACAUGAAUAAGCACUUUCAUUCUUGGAAUAUUGUGUAAAUGAUAAGCAAAACUUUGAAAAGAAAUACAAGAAAACACCUAUUAUUGAGUUUUCAAUUGAAGAUGCUAGAAAAAUGGCAAAAAAGAAUAAAUUAUUAGAAAAAGUUAAAUAAAAAUAAGCAGAAAAGAAGAAAGAAAAGAAAGAAUUAACUGAAGAGGAAUUAGAAUCAAAGAAAAAAAUUCUUAAAAAUACGAACGAAGCAGCAAAAAUAAAGAUUUAAAAUAUUCUUGAUUAAUCUAACUGCAGUGACAUGUCUCUUUAUGAGGAAGGCAAGAAAUUGUUGAAGGACAUAAAGAGUAGAGGUAUUAAAUAAAGAAUGGCCAAGCUACUAAGAAAGAAGUUCAAUAUUCAAAAUGAAGAUAAUCAAAAGUCUAAUAAAUUAGUAGAAGCUAUUUCCAAACAAGAGGAAAAGAUCAAAAAUAAGAAUUCUAAGGAAGAAAAGAGAAAGCAAUUAUUGAAGUAGAAAGUAUAAGAAGAAAAGAAGUAGAAAGUAGCUGAAUAAAAGAAGAAGCAAAAGGAAAUCGAUGAUGAGCUUGAUGUUGAUGCAUCUGAACUUAUUAAGGCUGUCUCUAAAGAAUUAAAGAAAAAUAAAAUAAGAAGAUAAAACUUGGAAGACUACGAUGAAUUAGAUGAUGUAGUUGAAAAGCAUAUGUAAAAGAAAGUUAAAAAAAUAAAGCAAGAAAGUAGUGCAUUGUGA